AUGGAAAUCGACUCGGCGCCCAAGGUCACGGUCAAGGCGGCGGCGCCCCGUGCCUGGCUGGCGACGGUGUGUCGGCUCGGUUAUCAGGCGGCGGCGCCCCGUGCCCGGCUGGCGACGGCGGCGGCGCCCCGUGCCCGGCUGGUGACGGUGUGUCGGCUCGGUUAUCAGGCGGCGGCGCCCCGUGCCCGGCUGGUGACGGUGUGUUGGCUCGGUUGUCAGGCGGCGGCGCCCCGUGCCCGGAUGGUGACGGUGGGUCGCGGUCCUGCGGACGUCACUCUGCCCAUUGUCCAGCUCACGGCCAAGGAGCUGGACAUCUGCGGCAUCUUCCGCUACGCCAACUGUUACCAGGCGGCGCUGGACCUGGUGGCGUCGGGCCGGGUUCGGUUGGACCCGCUCGUCACCCACCGCUUCAGCCUGGAGCAGAGCGAGCAGGCCUUCCAGACGGCGCUCGAGGGACGCGGCAUCAAGGUCAUGAUCGCCGUGCACAAGGACUAAACGGCGGCGGCGGCGGCCGGUCACCAGAGAGCCUGACUGAGGUCGCCGAACCGGUCCGUCCAAGCCGA